GUCGAGUAUUCCUACCUCUCUAUAAAUACACAAGUCCUUCACAAAAUCCACUUUCGUCACUCUGUUAAUAAUAUAUAAAACUCUUUCUCUCAUGCAUGUACAUUCAAUAAUGGAAUUGAAAAAAUUAGGGCUUACGAAUUUCGUCAAUCGAUGUUAUUGAAGGAAGACGUGAAUUCUGAUUUCUGUUUUUUUUUUUUUUUUUUUUUGUUGGAUCAAAAGAAAAAGUAUUGGGCAAUGAAGGGAGUGUUAGAUCGAUCAAAGGUAGUGGUGCGGCACUUACCACCGACAAUUUCAGAGUCAAUGGUUGUUGAACAAAUUGAUUCUCGAUUCAGUGGUCGCUACAACUGGUUCUCUUUUGUUCCUGCCAAGUCCAGCCAGAAGCAUCAAACCUAUUCAAGAGCCUAUAUUGACUUUAAGAGGCCAGAAGAUGUUAUCGAGUUCGCAGAGUUCUUUGAUGGACACGUUUUUGUAAAUGAGAAAGGCACUCAGUUCAAAACUAUUGUCGAGUAUGCUCCUUCACAGCGUGUUCCAAAACAGUGGUCCAAGAAGGAUGGCCGCGAAGGAACCAUCUUGAAAGAUCCUGACUAUCUGGAGUUCCUUGAAUUUAUCUCAAAGCCUAUUGAGAAUCUUCCGAGUGCAGAAAUACAGUUGGAAAGAAAGGAAGCUGAACGAGCUGGUUCUGCAAAGGAUGCUCCUAUAGUUACUCCUUUGAUGGAUUAUAUACGUCAGAAAAGAGCUGCCAAGAGUGGAGCUCGGAAAUCUGUACCUAAUGGGAGACCAACCAGAAGAACGAGUGGCACAUCCUCAGGAAGUCCUAGCUCAAGUGCAUCUAAACGAAGCUCUGAAAAGAGAAGGGUGUCCACUACCAUGUAUGUUCUUCGAGAUAGUUCUAAGGCUGGGAUUGGCAAAGACAAAUCUCAUAUUAUAGCUCCAAAACGUGAUGAUCAGCAGCGCACUGAGAAGUCUGGUACCUCUGCUCCUGGAUCUGGGGCUAAUGCAGUUGAAGAGGAAACUGGUGGAGCUGCUGAAGUUGGGAAGAAGAGAAUCCUCCUCUUGAAGGGAAAGGAAAAAGAUUUUCCUAAUGUGUCUAGUGGUUCAUUGAUUCAGGAGAAUGUGGCACCUAUUAUUAAGAAUACAAUAACUUCAUCUGCUCCAAAACAGAGCCAGCGCCGUGAGGCAAGUGGAAGGAUCAUUAGAAGUAUUCUUCUCAAGGAUGCUCGUCAGAAUCAGGUUCCAUCUGCAUCCCAACAAGAAAAACACAGCCAGGAUAAGGACAAAAAGCCUCCUAGGCCACCAAGUGUGCAGUUGUUCCAGAGAGAAACUAAUGAAGAUAAGGUUCUUGGAACUGAUUUGCAUGUUGUCCACACUGAGAAGCAGGAAAAACGCACUAGGAUCAGGGAUAGGCCUGAUCGUGGUGUUUGGACUCCUCUUCGUCGUUCUGAUAGUUUACAUGCUAGUGAUGAAUCUUUAUCUUCAUCUGCCUCUCAAUCUUCCGAAGUGCCGGACUUUGUUGAAGGAAGUCAAGCUGAAACCAAAACUGAUCUGGCAAGUGCUCGUGGCGGGGAGUUCAGACCCAUGGGAAGUGGGCGUAAUUCUCAUUCUUCUUUUGACAAUGGUAAUUAUAAACAUGGGGGUCGUCGUGGUAUGAGGGACGAUGGAACUUCAGUAGGGGAAGGGAAACCCUUGAGACGGGGAGGUCCUUCUAGCUAUGGUACCCAUGAGAAACAAGUGUGGGUCCAAAAGUCAAGUUCUGGCACUUAGUUUUGUCAUUAACGCGAGAUGCUUGGUUUUUACCAUAUUAGGUGCGCAUGUCUAGUGGAUGGAGCUCUCUCUUUGCUAGAAACAUCAUGUAUGAGCAAGUUGCUGGAGGAUUUGAAGGCCUUAAUGGAAUUUUUGACUCGCUGGAGGGAUAUAAAAAACUGGUAUAUACUGCUAAAGUAGCCUUGAACUUACUACAUCGAAGAUGGCUGGAGUAGGAGCAAGAAGAAAGAAAGUUGUCUUUGACGUAUACACCACAAUUUUCAGCUGGUGUACCUUAUGGGGUCUUUUCAUCAGAGCUGUGGGUAUCCUUGCUCCUGUGAUCGGCUGAUUAUUAAAUAAUAUAGUUCUGUAGAUGGAAGGUUUCCGUUGUUGAACUGUAAAUACAAAUGUGAAAUUGUUUGAAGUGCGUCCAUUAAUCCCAUACAUAUGCUGAUAGCUCUGUGUUAGUUCUAGUCUCGACUGAUUGGAGAUUGUCAAAGAAGGAAAGCUUUGGAGUAUGCUGCCAUCUCUGUGAAGGCUUGUUAUAGUCGUCUAAGCAGGUGGUAAUGCCAAAGCAUCGAACAAGGUGGAUUCAAAUUAAUAGUCACUUUGUUUUUGUGUCUGGAUGGGAGUGGGGUUGGGAGGUUGCUAGUGUAAGGUGUGUUGCUGAAAUGAAAGAGCAUUUUGAUCUAAACUGUCAAAAAAACGAUAGUUUAACUGUGUGUAUACGGUUGCAGUGUUUCACAUAUGUAGAAAUAUUUUGGGUGUUCUUUCCU